CAAGGAAGGAACGACCCACCAUCAUUUGCAGAAUCGCCCACCUGAGUCAUCGAUGAACCAUCCGCAAUGAUCUCAUCCUACAAUCUCGAAACCAACUCUAUGGAAAUCCGCAUGCCUGCGAAACCCAGUCAUGACCUCCGCGGUUUAUCGGAACACUCCGGUCCUUUGUGUCCCGCCCACACAAAACACGGCGCCCGUAUUCGAACACAACUGCCUCUAUACUCAUGACAUAAAGCGGAAGCAGAAACGCUGGCAGGAUGGCUUGUUACGAUAUCAUACCUUCAAUCAGCGCGUCAUGGUCUUUGAUGUCGCCGGCAACAAAGUCGGCGACACCCACUGGAAUGGCAAUGUCGCCCUACAGGAAGGCGAUGAGGUGACGUUGGAGAAAUGGGGUGUAGUGGUCGAUGUCUCUGAGCGUGUGCGUCAGACGGUCACGGACCUGUCGGAGAUUCGUCCAGCUCAAAAAAGGGCGUCUCCACGAUUAACAUCAUUGGCAAUACAGAGCCCUGCGCCUGGGGUUUCAUAUCGAUCAGUGUCUCAGCCCAAGCACAAAUCCCUCAACACGCUGCUCAGUAGCAAUCGGCAGACUACACCUUCGCGACCACGCGUUCCUGUUCUACCAGCUCACGGCAGCCCAUUUGAGAGAACUCCGCAUUAUGAACGUGCUGAAGGUACUCCUUCCAAACGUAUCCGCCUGGAUGGCCCACAAGUGUCGGGAAAACAGCGCAUAUCCAAUGCUCCUAUUCAUUCCCGAUUGAAUUCAUCGUGUGCACUCAAUAUCAGCGCUCGCCGCAACGUACCGGUCGAGCGACAAUCGAUCGCAUCUCCCAAAGGGCCUACCGAGGUCAUCGAUCUAUGUGACGGUCUCAGCGAUGCUUCCGAGACUUUUCAAGGCUUCUCCAGCGACAUUCUUCCCACAUCCCCCGUGGUACCGCUUUCUGAUUUGCGGAAUGGCGGAUGCAGGACAUUGUCAACUCAUCCUGAACAACGGACGAUUAAGAUCAGGGACGCGCGAGAUAAGUCUGCUCAGAAAGGUAGUGAGCCCCGGAAGUAUGCUUUGCCGAACAGAAACGAGCCGGGCGAGGAGGAACUCCAAAGUAUGGAGAAGAGCUCUGGGAAGCAAGUGCCGACAAAGGUCGAUACACCCUCAACUGCAGAGCAACGUCGCUCUCUCUCUGCAAUCACAACAGCCAAAGGUCCACAAUCAAUGACAUUAAAGAUAGCUGCCACCACGACGCGCAGAAAAAAGGCUCUGCUGUGUCAAAAGCAACUUCUACCAAACCAUGUACCAAGCGGUGCAAGUUCACCUCACCAGGCGCCCAUCGUGACAGCACAUCAACCUGCACGUACGCGGGCUGCUUCGCUGGUUGCAGAUCCAGAGCACGUGCCCGAGCGAGUCGAUCCCUGCAUAGACGAUGAAGAUCUGAUGGAGCUACAUGGUGAUACAGACAGAGGCGAUCAUUUGUACGAUGAUGUUGCUCCAUCACGCCAACGAAGCAAUCCUCUGGUGCACCUCGCUCAGCCUCGGAGAGAUCAGUCACACAGCAAACCAUCAGCCAGCUUAGCACGCGUGACAGCAGCUGAGGUCAGGGAAACCUCGUCGGCUUCAAACCGCAAGAAAACGCCUUCAAAGGGCCGCGCAGUCCCAGCUGUUGCCCUACCGAAGCAAGUAGAGGUUGAGCUUUGUGACACGGUGGACAGGCCGGUGGAGGCCACUGAGACACCGCCGGGUGAGCAGCAAGGUAGGGUCAAGUCAAUCGAUCGUACAAAUGAACCCAACGUUCCCAGUAAAACGGCGCCUGUCCCACCGAGAAUAUCAGCGAAGAAGCACACCACCUCGAUAACGCAAGCGGCUGGAGCGCUACCGGAAGAUCUCGGCCCAUGGAGUCGUGAGGCAUUCGAUCUGUUCGUCUGGCGACCUCCUGGCUGGAAUGAAGAGAAAUGGUGUGUAGAGGAGCAAAAGACGUGAAAGAAAUCUUGACAUGCGUUGGGCGCUAGGCUCAGGGAAAUGCAAUGUGGUUCAUGAUGAAAGGGAAUGAUUGAAAUGAUGGCUAUGAAUGAUACACCGGAAAUGCAAUGUGUUGCGCACCAACACAGUAAUGAUGUGCCUCACGUUGUACCUUUCCACGUCAUGUUCGCGAACACCCAUUGAAACCACGCCUUCCCGUGUAUAUCAACCGUUGCACAGCAUACCUAGAUACAGCAAGGGAUUACUGAUUGUGAGUAGUUACAUGUCUCUCAUGACACAUUCACUAGACAAUUUGACGAUUGGGACAACCA